AAGACGUCACGGGUCAAAGGGGAACGUGCCGGAAAGAAACAAACAACAUGGAGACGAUGGAGGAGCGGAGGAGGAGCGGUGGGGGCUCCGCUAAAACCACCAAAAAGGGUGGGAAACGCGUGAAAGCACUGAGUGCUGAGGAAGAAGCAAGAAGGAGAGAGGAAGUAAGGGAGAAGCUGAGGGAGAAGUUGGAGCUGGAAAAAAGGGCUCUGCAGGUGGUGGAGCGUCUCCUGGAGGACAGCGUGACUGAGGACUUCCUAGUUGACUGUGCCAAGUUCAUCAUUCCAGCUAAUUACAAAGACACUAUAGAGGAGAGAUUCAUUGCUAAACUCUGUGGUUAUCCCAUAUGUCCAAAUAAACUGGGCAAGAUCCCGACUCAACGGUACAAAAUCUCCACUAAGACAAAUAAGGUGUAUGACAUCACAGAGCGCAAGUGUUUUUGCAGUAAUUUCUGCUACAAAGCCUCCAAAGAGUUUGAGCUACAAAUAUCAAACACGCCCCUGUGGCUCAGACAGCAUGAGAGUCCUCCAGAAAUUAAACUGUUGAAGAAAGGUGAUAGUGGGAGCUCUGGUGAGGAGGUGAUGCUGUCGGAGAGGCGUCUCAAAGAGGACGACAUAGAGGACCCUCUGGCUACUCAGCCUCAGGACUUGCGCAGCUCCCAGCAAAGUUCUGCAGAAGCCGACCACAGUGACAUCAGCGACACUGAACAGGAGCAGGACUUUGUCACCAGUGUGGUCUCCCAGCAGCAGAAGCCCCGGGUACACUGGGGCGACCUGCCUAAACGUUCAGAUGAAGACAAGAAAGGAAUGACUGAGAGGCGGAAGAAACAGACCACAAAGGGAAAUGAAGAGCAGACUAAACCUAAUCCAAGUCUGAAUACAGAGGAGAGACAAAUAACUGCAGAUGAGGAAAGGACAGUAUCCUGUGGAACAGAGGUGAGAGGUGAGGCUGAAAAACUCAAACAGCUGCACAGAGUAAAUACUGAUCAACAGGUGCCAGAAGAGAAGGACUUACCAAAAGAAUCCAACGUGGAAAACAUAACAACUAAGUUAAACAUGUGCAGUUUAUCUGACGCAGACACUCACAACCCUCCCCUCCCUGUUGACUCAGCACUCUCACAAAUAAAACACACAACUUGUCUUCCAACGAGAGAGUCCUCCACAGAGAAUAAACAGCUCCCUUCAUCUGUUACCAAACUGAACAACAACAUAGCGUCAUCAAACCAACCAGGCCUCAACAUCACCCAAGUGGGUAUGAGCAAGAGGGGGGCGGCGGGGCUGAAAGACCUGCUGAAGAACCACACUUAUGAUGUCAAACCUGACUCCAUACGACUCAGUCUUCUCCAGUACCUGAGGAGAACCCUAAAGGAGUGGUGCACCGAUGAGACCCUGAAGUUCCUGUACGGCGCUGAUCAUUCACUAUGUUCUCCCUCUGCUGAUGGAAAAGAAGAAGAAGAGGAGGACGAGGAGGAGUUGGAUGAAGACGACCUUGAGGAUGACGUGUCAGCUGUGGAUGAGGAGGAGCAGAGGAGGCCGUCGGCUGCAGCUCCGGACUACGAGAGACUACGGAGGGAGACGCAGCAGCUGGAGCUCAGGAUCAAGGAGUUUUACAAAGGGACGUGGAUUCUUCCUGAGGAGGCAGAGGAGCCGAAUGGAAACAAGGAGACAAUUGAGAACCAGAGCAUGAAGGAUCCAGUUCUGCCACUCAUUGACUCUCAUGCUCAGCACCUCAUCCAGAAACGAAUUACAGUUGAGAAACUCACCAGCUGUCUCAAGAGCAUCAUAGGUCCACUGUGUCUCACCAUGAGCGACGUCUCGGCCGACCUCAACAACCUGGUCAGGACGUUCAGGUUCACGAACACAAACAUCAUCCACAAAACUCCAGAGUGGACCCUCAUCUCUGUGGUGCUUCUGCAUGUAGUGUCACAAGUGUCUCCGGUGGUGCGUGAAGCCUUGGAGACGUCAUCGUCGGUCGAGUAUUUGAAGACAUUAAUGGAGGAGCUCGGCCUACAGGAACAGGACCUUCUGAACCUAGUCCAGCUGUUUAAAGCCCCGCACACUGACGCACACGUAGACAGAUGAAUAAUACACUCAGGAACUCUCCAUUGAUCAAAUGAGUGUGUGUCUGUAAGUCAUGAUCCAGAAAUAAAUUUGGUUGUCAUAAAAGAA